CUCCGGGCUGCAGGCGGCUCUCAGCAGCUUCCUGCCGGCUGCCGUGCCUGACGAACGGCUCAUUCUCAUCACCGAUCAUGUGCCUCGCUCUCUGGCUGUCUGUGGCUCCGCAGCAGGAAGUUCGCCUUGUUUUCUUCCCCGUGCUUUUCUCCUCUCCCUCCACUUGACAGCCACAUUUACAGCAUUACUACUUAAAUCUUUCUCUAUCUUAUUUUUCGUUUCUUUGGCCGCGGCUCUGCGAAGCCAGAGACCGGCGGCCAACACAGGCAGAGCCGCUCCGCUCCUCCCCCGGGCAGGGAGAGCAGGUUCAUGGAGGCCCCGGUGGGGGAGAAGGAGCCGUCGCCGAUGGACAUGUCUCUGCCAACCUUGAGUCCGGCCGUGCCCCCCUACGUCACAUUGGGCCUGACUGUGGCCUACACCGUCUUCUACUCUCUCCUCUUCAUCUUCGUCUACGCGCAGCUCUGGCUGGUGCUGCGCUACCGACACAAGCGCUUCAGCUACCAGACUGCGUUCCUGUCGCUGUGCCUGCUGUGGUCGGCCCUGCGCGCCGUGCUCUUCUCCUUCUACUUCGACAACUUUGUCACAGCCAACACGUUGGGCCCGUUCCCCUUCUGGCUGCUGUACUGCUUCCCCGUCUGCCUCCAGUUCUUCACACUCAGCCUCAUGAACCUUUAUCUGGCACAGGUUGUUUUCAAGGCAAAGUCUAAAUAUGCACCAGAGCUUUUGAGAUACAGGCUGCCGCUGUACCUGCUCUUCCUGUUCAUUAGCCUGGUGUUUUUAGUGGUAAACUUAGUGUGUGCCCUGCUGGUGAGGAUGUCCUCUGCAGAAGCCCACACCAUCGUGCUCGUGAGGGUCGCCAUCAACGACUCGCUCUUCGUCCUGUGUGCCAUCUCCCUCUCCUUGUGUCUUUACAAGGUCGCUAAGAUGUCCCUGGCAAACAUUUACCUGGAAUCCAAAGGGACAUCAGUGUGCCAGGUGACAGUCAUCGGAGCCAUCGUCAUCCUCCUGUACUCUUCCAGAGCCUGCUACAAUCUGGUCGUCCUGGGACUCUCAAACAAGAGCAUCAACUCCUUUGACUACGACUGGUACAACGUUUCUGACCAGGCGGAUUUGCGGGCGACUCUGGGUGACGCCGGCUACAUCGUCUUCGGGGUGAUCUUGUUCGUGUGGGAGCUGCUCCCCACCUCGCUCAUGGUCUUCUUCUUCAGAGUUCGGCAGCCAGACCUAGACAGGAGCUUGGGGCUCCCCGGUCAUGUCUUCUCCUCCAGGGCUUAUUUCUUCGACAACCCGCGGCGUUAUGACAGCGACGACAACCUGGCGUGGAGCGUCAUGCCUCAGAACAUCCAAGCCAGUCUGGCUGCUGACAAUUACGAUUGGGGGAGCGAGAGCAGCAGCAGCAUCGGCGCCUACGUCGCAGGGGACGACGGUUACCACGUCCCGCCUCCUCAAGAGGAGCUCGGCCACUACUGACCGGAGUUCACGGCGGUCCCCGCCGACUUCUGGCUUUGGUCUCUUUCUCAUAUACUUUUGCACAGUCUCUCUUGGUGUCGGAGGCACAUGUGUCGCCCUGUACGCGAUACAUUCAGUCUCCAGAAGAACUAACCAGCAUAUGAAGGUCCACUGAUAGGACAUUAAUUUUUGCACUCCUUGUACAAAGUGAUCAAAUUUCAAACUGCUUUAAAACUAUUGCAAUGAAUAGUUUGUAUUUAAUAACGCUUAAUAUAUUUCCUGACUUUUGUAAUAUGAACUAGAUUACUAUUUUUAUGUACUGUUUUUUUUUCAUACAUAUUUGUUUAUAUAGGAUAUAUUCAUUUACUUCAUAUUAAAACAGUUUUAAAAGCUA